GAACACUAUACAAACGCUGAUAAAGACAUGGACGUUCUUCACCGCACCUUGUGGCUCGGCACCUCCCCCAUUUUUCUUCCACUUCCCAAAUUUCAAAGUACCGGAGCUUCCAUCUCCCUACAAUUCCGACCAACUUCCCCUUCUCCCCACUUUCGCACUUCUCUCUCAACUCACUCUCGUUUUUCUCUCGUUUCUGUAAGUUGUUGGUUGCUUCCUGCAGUUCCAUUUGCAACGCACGAGAGCCCGGUGGGUGAGGCAAUCGACACUGAUACGCGAGAAUGGGCAAUGCAAGAUUUUUAUACAUUACGGAAAGAAGUGGAAACAACCUCAGAGCGUGUGGAAGAGAUAAGGAACUCUGCUGGUUUGUUACAGUUGGACCAAGAACUUGCGGACUUGGAGUCUAAGGCUGCUGACAACUCUUUUUGGGAUGACAGAUCUAAGGCUCAAAAAGUUCUCAUGGCCAUGACUGAUGUAAAAGAUAAAAUAAAGAUGCUUACUGAUUUCAAAACACAGGUUGAAGAAGCAGAAACAAUCGUUAAACUGACUGAAGAGAUGGACUCUGUAGAUGUUGGGCUUCUUGAAGAGGCAACUAAAAUCAUUAAAGACCUAAACAAGGCACUGGAUCAAUUUGAAUUAUCUGAACUUCUUUCUGGUCCUUAUGACAAAGAAGGAGCUGUCAUCUCUAUCUCUGCUGGAGCUGGGGGCACUGAUGCACAGGUCAAUAUGCAGGAUUGGGCUGACAUGCUCUUGAGGAUGUACGUGAGAUGGGGAGAGAAGCAAAGAUAUAAAACAAGAGUGGUUGAGAAAUCUGCUGGAGAGGAAGCUGGAAUAAAAUCAGCUACAAUUGAAAUUGAAGGCCGUUAUGCUUAUGGAUAUAUAUCUGGGGAGAAAGGAACGCACAGGAUAGUGCGACAGUCUCCUUUUAACUCUAAAGGACUUCGACAGACAAGCUUUUCUGGUGUGGAAGUCAUGCCUCUCCUUCCCGACGAGUCCAUGAAUGUUGAACUGCCAGAAGAGGACCUGGAAAUAAGCUUUUCAAGGGCGGGGGGAAAAGGAGGUCAAAAUGUUAACAAGGUUGAAACGGCUGUCCGAAUCACUCAUAUCCCUACAGGAGUCACGGUUCGAUGCACAGAGGAGAGAUCGCAGCUGGCAAACAAGAUCAAGGCAUUAAGCCGGUUGAAAGCCAAGUUGCUAGUCAUAGCUGAAGAGCAACGUGCAUCCGAAAUCAAGCAAAUACGAGGAGAUGCCGUAAAGGCCGAGUGGGGGCAACAAAUAAGGAAUUAUGUGUUUCAUCCAUACAAGCUAGUGAAAGAUGUUAGGACAGGAUAUGAGACAUCAGACAUUGUCUCUGUAAUGGAUGGCGAAUUGGAGCCCUUCAUCAAAGCUUACCUAAAAUACAAAUAUAGCAUUGCAUUAUCGACAGGAGAUUAAUUAAAAUUUGGCAUUAACUAAUCUUAGUCAGCCUUGAUUGUUGGUGUAUUCCGCAUAUUGUUCUUACCUUACUAUAUUCAAAAUAACAAGGGCACGAGGCUAAGUUCAAAAUUGCAACCUCGGUGAAUUUUGAUUCAUUCAAUAUUAAUCCUUUCAAUUGCUAAGUUCAUGUUUUGUAA